AUGGCUAACACUGUAUCCCAAAGUGCAACUCCAAUACAUGUAAAUGUCCAAGGUACUACACCUUCUGUUAAUGGAAGAGUGGCAUCAAAUUCUUCAGUUCCUGUUCAUAGGGAACACGGUUCAGUAUCCUCUAAUAAUCAAUAUGCAACUCCAAUGCAGGUAGAUGAUCAAGGACGACAUAUUGUCUCUGAAGGAUACCUAUUGCGACGAUAUUUAUAG